AUGACGAUCGACCUGCCCGCUCGACCUUUGAAAGUAGCCAUCAUCGGAGGCGGCCCCGGUGGUCUCUCGACUGCAAUCGCAUUGUCCAGGAUACCAAAUGUCGACGUGACUCUGUACGAGCAGGCCACCGUUCUUAGAGAGGUCGGAGCAGGUAUCAGCAUCGGUCAAAAUACCUGGAACGUCCUGGAGCUCCUCGGUGUCGCGGACACGCUGACCAGUGGCCAUGUCACCGAACUGAUUCAAAUUUCCAGAAAUGGCAAGACAGGAGAGGAACUGCACCGUUUCGAGCGAAAGGAGCUCAAGAAACGUCCGAACCUUCGUACCCAGCGCACCAAGCUACAAUCAGCGCUUCUGAGUCACGUCCAGCCUGGAGUCAUACAACUCGGGAAGAAACUCAUACACCUCAUGGACAACGAGGACCAUGUGGAGUUGCAUUUCAAGGACGGAACUGUGACAACGGCCGACCUCGUCGUUGGGGCGGACGGCAUCCGCUCUGUCGUAAGAGAUACUGCUUGGCAUGGCUACGAAAUCAAGUUUACCGGUACGACCAUCUGGCGCGCUCUACUUCCAUGGGACGACGUGAAAGACCUCGACCCUCGCUUCGACACAACAGCGUGGUGGCAUCUCCCUACCAGUCACGUGUAUCUCUCGCCCGUCGGCGAGGGUCUCGGUGAGAUCGCAGCGAGGCAGUGGCAGGAUCCCGCCAUUCACAGCGCCAGCAAAGUCAGCUGGGGCGUUCCCGUGUCGAAAGAACACGUCGAGUCUCACUUUACGGACUAUCUGCCGGCUAUACGGGAAGUGCUUAGGAAAGUACAGGAAGGGGACUGGCGAGAAUUUGCUGCGUUCGCAGGCCCCGAACUCUCUCGACUCACCGCAUGGAAUAAUAAGGUCGUUCUGGUCGGAGAUUCGUCACACGCACUCUCUGGGGCGUUCGGCUCAGGCGCCGGAUUUGCCAUGGAGGACGGCUGGAUCCUGGCGCAGGCCCUCUCCUAUCACCGGAACGACCUCAACAAGGCAUUGCCACUAUUUGACGCUAUUCGGGUGCCAUAUUAUACGCGUAUGUACAAGCAUAUCCAGGCGGAAGCAGCCGCACGGGAAAAUAAGCUGCGCGAGCUUGGAGACGUCUCUGAGGAAGACCGCGUCAAAAUCAAAGUAAUCAAAGACGGCGGAAUUGAUAUGAGCUGGAUCUACGAGAACAAUAUUGGGGAAGUGUGGCAGGCACGGGUUGAGAGUCGUACAUAAGAGAAGGGUAUUCAGGAUAGAGGAUCGUGGUCGGCAGGUGCGCCUAUGGGCAGUGCCGACGUAAAGGCUGGAAUCAGUUUGGCCAACUCUGAUUUGUUACUUUGCUGAGGCUGGUCACUGUGUCCUAGCUCUCGCAUGGCACGGUCUUUAGGUCCUGGGAUCUUGUUAGCAUCUUUUACCUUCCUGGGAUGCCUUUUACCCGAUUAUGUAGUCGUGGUAGAGCCCGAGUCUAUAUUUUAAGAUCUAACAGGAUGUGGCCUUGUUAGAACGUGGG